AUGGCCCCCCAAAAACCAUCCGCCACCGCCCUCCGCCACGCCCGCAUCACAAACUCCAUCCACCCCCUCGCCCCCCAAAAGACGUUUCGCGAAAACGCCUCGACCAGCGACUCCUUCCUCUCCUCCAAGCGCGACAAGCGCACCAUCAAGCACUCGUCCUUUGUCUCCCGCGUCGCAUCCACCACGUCCGCGCGCGUCUCCAAAAAGGCGCUCAAGCGCGGCGGGCGCAGCAAGAAGUCAACCACCUUAAGCUCCCUCGACAGCCUGGCCGAUGCGCUGCCCGAAUUGGCCGCCGGCGAGGGCGCCGCGGAGAUUCUGGCGGGCAAGAUUAGACACCAGAGCUUAAGGAGCAAAAAGGGCGCGCUGAAGAGGAAGGAGAGGCUGCUAAAGGGCGAGAUGCAGAGGUUUGGUGUGAGCAUGGCGCAGUUGUCGAGUAUGCCUGCGCAGCCGCAGAAUGGCGUCCAGUUGGCUGAAAAGGCUGCAACCUCAACUUCAGCUUCUUCAAACAUAUCAGCAUCAGCGUCGGCGCCGGCACCGGUGGUAUCAAAUCGAUGGGCGGCGCUGAGGGGGUACAUUUCAGCGACGAUGGAGCAGAACCCGGCGUUUGUGAAUAAGGAGUAA